AUGCCGCCUCUCGCGCCACGAUCCGCCGUCGCCUCGCUCAAGAAGGCCAUGUACAUUGGGGCGCACGUGUCGGCCGCGGGCGGCGUGCAGAACUCGAUCCACAACGCCGUGCACAUCGGCGCCAACGCCUUCGCCCUGUUCCUCAAGUCCCAGCGCAAGUGGGAGAACCCGCCCCUGGCGCCGGAAGCCGUCAGCAUGUUCCACGCCUGCCGCAAGCAGCACGACUGGGCCAGCGUCGACAAGCACUGCGUGCCGCACGGCUCGUACCUCGUGAACCUGGCGGCCAAGGAGCAGGCCAAGGCCGACCAGGCAUACGGCGCUUUCCUCGACGACCUGCGGCGGUGCGAGACCCUCGGCAUCGGGCUCUACAACUUCCACCCGGGCAACACCAACGGCGAGCCGCGGGGCGAGGCCAUCGCGCGCAUCGCGGCCCAGCUCAACAGGGCCCACGGGGCCACGCGGGGCGUCGUGACGCUGCUCGAGAACAUGGCGGGCCAGGGCAACGUGGUGGGGACGACAUUUGAGGACCUGCGGGACAUCAUCGCGCUGGUGGACGACAAGGACCGCGUCGGGGUGUGCAUCGACACGUGCCACGCGUUCGCGGCGGGCUACGAUGUGCGGAGCCCGUCGGCGUUCCGCGAGACGCUCGAAAAGUUCGACGAGCUCGUCGGCCCGGGGUACCUCCGGGCCUUCCACGUCAACGACAGCAAGGCCCCCCUCGGCUCGCACCGCGACCUGCACGCCAACAUCGGCACCGGGUUCCUGGGCUUGCGGGCCUUCCACAACCUCAUGAACCAGGACCGCUUCGCCGGGCUGCCCAUGGUGCUCGAGACGCCCAUCGACACCAAGGGGCCCGACGGCAAGACGGUCGAGGACAGGCAGGUCUGGGCGGACGAGAUCAAGCUGUUGGAGAGCCUGAUAGGCAUGGACGCCGAGAGCGACGAGUUCCGGGCGCUGGACCAGAAGUUGCAGAAGCAGGGCGAGGGCGAGAGGAGCAAGAUUCAAGACCAGAUCGAUCGGAAGGCCGGGAAGGAUGCAAAGAAAGGAACUAGAGCCAAGAAAGGCAGUAAGAAGAAGAAGGCCGAGUCGGACGAGGAAGGGAGCGAAUCGGAUUAA